AUGCGGAGUAGGCUCGUGGAGCGAACGGGCCGUCUGCUCUCUUUGUUGGGGUCGGAGUGCCGCGUCGUUGCGCCGGCUGGGUUAUCUGAAAUGCGUGCCAUGAUUUCCGGCGCGCAGCCGCGCAUGGCCGCGGCUAGCCACGCGCUGCCGAGGCGCCUGGUGCCGAUGGUGCAGAGGGCGCCCGUUCACUCUGCUCGCGUCGCCCGGCCCGUCUUCCUCCAGGCGGCUCGCAAGGACAGAGCAUUCUCCGCGUCUGUGACCGACGGCCCCGCGGUCGCGCCGGAGCACGACGAGAUCGAAGUGAAGGUCGACAAGGAGUCCUUCUCCGACGACGAGCUCGGACUCGAGAGCCAGGGUCUGUCGGAGCACCUUAUCAAGGCUCUGAAAGCGCGCGGCAUCGACUCGCUGUUCCCGAUCCAGCAGGCCUGCCUCAAGUACGCGCUCGACGGCCGCGACAUCAUCGCGCGCGCCCGCACGGGCUCCGGCAAGACGCUCGCCUUCUCCAUCCCCGUCAUUGAGCACCUCCUGCUCGAGCGCAUGCCCAACCUGCAGCGCCGCGGCGACGCGCCGCUCGCGCUCGUCAUGGCGCCGACGCGCGAGCUCGCGAAGCAGGUCGAGAACGAGAUCGAGUCCGCGGCCUCGUUCCUCCGCUGCCUCACCGUGUACGGCGGCACGAACAUCUCGGCGCAGGAGCGCGCGCUCCGGAACGGCGUGGACAUCGUCGUCGGCACGCCCGGCCGCCUCAUGGACCUCGUCGAGCGCGGCGCGCUCCGCCUGGACGAGGUCCGGAAGGUCGUGCUCGACGAGGCCGACCAGAUGCUCGACAUGGGCUUUCGCGAGGACAUGGACUGGAUCCUGAGCCGGAUGCCGGAGGAGGGGCGGCAGACGCUGCUGUUCAGCGCGACGACGCCGCACUGGGUCAAGCACGUCGCGCGCGACUUCUGCACGAACCCCGUGAACGUGGACCUCGUGGGUGACCGCGGGACGGGCACGCUGCCCGACACCAUCACGUGCCUGGCGGUGCAGGUGCCGCGCGACGCGAAGCGCUCGGUGCUGCCGCAGCUGAUCAUGGUGUACGGCGGGAUGGGGAAGACGAUCGUGUUCGCGCAGACGAAGCGCGAGGCGGACGAGGUCGCGGCGGUGAUUGCGGCGUCGGUGCGCACCGAGGUGCUGCACGGCGACAUCAGCCAGGCGACGCGCGAGGUGGCGCUGAAGCAGUUCCGCGACGGGCGCGUGCGGUGCCUCGUGGCGACCGACGUGGCCGCGCGCGGCCUCGACAUCCCGCACGUGGACCUGGUGGUACACUACGAGGUGCCCAACAACCACGAGAGCUUCCUGCACCGGUCGGGCCGGACGGGCCGCGCGGGCAAGGACGGCACGACGGUGCUGAUGUACACGCCGUACGAGAGCCGGACGGUCGACGGAAUCAUGCGCCAGACGCACACCAAGUGCCAGUACGUGACGGUGCCGUCGCAGCAGGCCAUCACCGACGCCGCCGCGCUCACGACGGUCAAGCGCCUCGACGAGUGCGACGACGACCUCCGCGAGAUGUUCCGCGACCGCGCCAGGCUCCUCCUCACCGAGCGCGACCCCGUGGACCUCCUCAGCCGCGCGCUGGCCGAGAUGUCGGGCCUGACCGGACUCCCCCCGCAGCGCUCGCUGCUCACGAUGCAGGAGGGCCUCGUCACGAUGCGCCUCACGGGCCCGCAGGGCUCGCUCCCGAGCCCCGGCGCCGUCCUGGGCAACCUCCGCAGCGCCCUGGGCGCCGACGGGGACGCGCUCAUCUCCCAGAUCGGCCGCGUGCACACCACGACGACGCAGGCGGGCAGCGUCGCGAUCUUCGACGUGCCGGAGGACAGCGAGGCGGAGGUGCUGACGGCGGCGGAGGGCCUCGGCGAGCGCGGGAUGGAGCUGGCAAAGGCGGAGGCGCUGGCGCAGCACGAGAUGCCGCAGCGCAACAACGGGCGCGGGCGCGACGGCGGGCGCGGCGGGAGGGGCGGGUACGGUCGGGGGCGGUCGAACUCGCCCGGGCGGUUCAGGCGGAACGGCCCGGGCGGGCGCGGCGGGCGCGGCGGGCCGCGGGGGGACUGGGGCGGGCGUGACGACCGGCGGAGCUACGGCGGGGGCAGCCGGUCGCGCGGCGGGAGCAGGGACGGCGGUUCGUGGGGGGGGUCGGACAGGAGCUUCGGGAACAAGCGGACGGGGUCGUGGGACCGCAGCAGCGGCGGCGGCGGCGGGCGCGGCGGCGGGGCGCGCGGCGGGAGCGUGCGCGGCGGCCUGGACGCGUUCGACUCGGACUGGUAG